GCCUCAUACAGCACGUACUGUAAUGUGAGUGCGUGCCAUCUGCUUCACUGGAUUGGCAUAUGCUGUGCAGCGUUACAUUGACGCAAGCUAAUCUAAUAGUUUAAUAUCGCCAGCAUCACAGAAAGUGACAUUUCCUGGUUAUUAGCUAAAUGUUAAUGGAUUUUCCAUUAUGCCAACAGUUAAAAAUGAGGCAAUGUAGGUUCACGUGAGAUAAAGUUCUGUCAUAAUUAUUUCAAGCCAGAUUCACAAAGGACAACUGUCAGGCUCUUCAAGGCCAAGCACAAAUCCAACGACCUUUUUAAGAGUCCUUAUUAGACUCCUGACAAAAAAGUAUUUUUAUGCCUCACAUUGGUGGCAGGAUGGAAGUUUUGACAAGUUAAAGGGCAUAAGAAAGUUGAAUUACAUGGAAGUCACUGUGACUGAUCCAAGCAGACCUGCACCUGCUGCCUUGUGAGAGGAGAAAAAUCCUCUCAGAGCCAUCCCUCAGCAACAGUCGAGUGACGCGUUCAGGUGCAAGAUGUGGGUGACGUAAUUUAGGCAUUUAAUUUUUUCUAUUUUUAGUUUUGUCUUUUGCCCAAUAUAUGUGCAUAGAAAACACACAUACGGAUAUAAUUUAAUGAUAGUAAAUCUAGCAGAAAAACACAAACACAAAUGAUUCAAUGUAUAAGGCCAAAAAAGAGAAGAGCAACGUUUGAAUUUUGUGGUUUAAAACAACACAAAAACUUUAAUACCACUGAAUUGGCAAAACAUCUUUGUCUUCAAGACGUCAUAAAAAGGCUACUGUAGUUUUCAUAAAUCUUAUUUUUCGGAUGAAUUAUAAAAUUGAUAUUUCCUACACUCUUUGAGGGACCUGAAUUUACCAUCACGCUUCCUGUGACCAUAUUUGGUAGCUCAUAUGGGGAAAACAUGAGCUUGCCAAAGCGUCUCGAAGGUCUAAAAAUGAGCGUUUCUCUGUCGCCUGUCACAAGAAAAACAUCCAAAGCCUCACUGGCAAGUUGAUCACACGCCCGAGCCGAGUGGUAGUUCCGCGGAGAGCAACUCUGAGUCGCGGCGACAAAACAAUUGUUGAGAGCGGAUAACUGCCCGGAGGAGACACACAGUGUAGCGCCAUGACCACGCUCCUGGACCUGAAGAGUAGCGUCUUGCGGCAGGUGCAAAGGAGCCAGUCGUUGAGGAGCCGUAGGGAAUCGCCGCCCGCUGCCGGCAGCCCCCUCAGCCACUGCCCAGAGCCCUUAUCCCGAAGGAUCUCCGAAGAGAGCAUGGAGUUCUUUGAGCGUAUGAAUACCAUUCUGCAGAAACAGGAGAACAUGUUGCAGGCCAGCCAGGCUGAGUGCCAAAGAGGAGCCUGCACCGUGCCACCACCACAAGAACAUGUGGACCAGGCCUUUAUCCAGGACAGACCCAGCAGGAUGGAGCUGGACUUGCUCUAUGAGGAGGUUGUGUAUACAAUCGUCAACCGAGUGGGGGUCCCUUCGUCAGAGCAUGUGACGAGUGAUGAGGAGAUUUUUGCCUACCUCCUGAAGGUGUUUGAUAUUUGCGAGGAGGAGCAUGACAUUAUACUCCAGAAAGUGCAAGAAUCCAAGAGAGCCACUUUUUCCUUAAGAGCUUCUGUUUUGAAAGCCAAGAAUCUGCUGGCGAAGGACGCCAAUGGCUACAGCGACCCCUACUGCAUGUUGGGGAUCUUGGAGGGUCAGAGCUCGCGGGAACCCGAGGAGAAGAAGGAGAGGAAGUUCAGCUUCAGGAAGAGGAAAGACAAGUUGGAGAAACGCUCCAGCACCAAGGAGGCGCUACCUGCCAGGUGCAUCCAGGUGACUGAAGUCAAACCGGAGACCCUCAAUCCCGUCUGGGACGAGCAUUUUGUCUUUGAAGUGGAUGACGUCCACAGUGACUUGCUACAUUUGGACAUUUGGGAUCACGAUGAUGACGUCUCAGUGGCCGAGGCUUGCAAAAAACUCAACGAAGUCAGUGGACUUCGAGGAAUGGGAAGAUAUUUUAAGCAGAUUGCAAAAUCAGUGCGUGCCAACGGAUCGUCGUCGUCCGGCUCCGAGGAGAAUGCGGACGACUUCUUGGGGUGCAUCAACAUCUCUUUAAAUGAAAUUCCCGUCGGCGGCUUCGACACUUGGUUCAAAUUAGAGCCUCGCUCGAGCGCCUCCAAAGUGCAGGGAGAAUGCCACCUGAUAUUGCAGCUUUUCACAAGCCAGAGAGACACGACGCUGUCGAAGAAAGAAACGAACGUGUCCAUCCACAAGAAACUCCUGAGUCAGAUUGUGGAGCAUGAGCACGCUCACGUCAAGCGUGAGCCGUACAACUGGAACGGGCAGGUUAGCCCACCCGGGUGGACGGUGCUGACUCACCAUGCUGUGCAGACGGACCUCACCCGUCUCCAACAGGCCAUUAUUCGCUGGCAGUGCUACAGCGGACACCAUCGAACCCAGCGGGUGUGCUACUCCCUGUUGCUGCGCCUCCUGAGGGCCAUCGAUGCAGAGUGGGACCCUCCCUCUGUGAGAGGGGACCUGGAGAGGCAGCUGUCAGACAGCUUCAGGCUGUACACAGAGCACUGCCUGUGCCUGAUGAAGAACAUGCGGCAGGUUUUCCCCUGCACCAGCGCCGCCGCCAUCACGCGCUAUGAGCUCAUGCUGAGGGGGAUCGGCUACAUGCAGAACAUGCGGGCCUUUAAGACCGUUUGUCCCCUCCGUAACGAGCUGCACUUGGACAUCACAGCCGCCGUGAAGAAAGGAACCUCUGAGUGGUAUGAGGGCCUCAUUGCGCAGUACAAGGCGGAGGAUGGGUCGCUGGAGGAGCACCUGAAAAAAAUGGUCACGGUGGUGGACGCUGUCUGCGCAGACAUUCAGAGAGCUCAGAAUAUCUACAACAAACUCUUCUACAGUGCGGUCAGAGUGGAUUUCUUCAGCGUCUCCUACAGGCAGCUGGAGAAGCUGGUAGCCGAUGAUGUCAAUAUGGCCAUGGAGAGGCUUUGUGGCACCCUGGAGCUAGAAAGUUCCAAACUGACGCAGACGAUGGGCGAGACCAUCUUUGAGCUUUUCAUGUCCCUGAAGAGCCUCCAGGGUUUCCGGGAGUUUCUUCCUCUCAAGGAUGCAAAGAUGUUGGCCUUAACGGGAUUUCACAACUGGUUCAAGUCAUCCAUUCACAAGUUCCUGCAGAUUGUUCACGACAGGUCAUGUGACAGGAUCUGCAAAGCAGUGGAGACGGACAAGAUGGAAGCGGUGCAGCAGGCCAAGCACAGUUCCUCAGCGCUGGAAGUGACAUCCUGCUUCCGGCAAGUCCGAGACAUCUGGCUCCAACUGGCUUGGCCGGACUCUGCGGGAACAUUCAUCUUCGUCACCCGCUUGACCGACAACUUUUGUAGCGAGGCUGUGUACUACUCAGAGAUGCUCACGCGCAAGAUUGAGAGGAGCCAGCUGGGCCGGGACCACAAGAGCUUCAUAGUUCAGCUGUGCGUGGCCCUCAACGACGUUGAACACGUACGCGUCUUCCUGGGAAACCUGCCUCGCGAACUGGACUGGCCGGGCGUGGAGCGAGCCAUGGAGGAGUCGUGCGGCGCCGAGGGCAAGGAACAGGUGUUCAAGGCUCUCAAUGGGCAGCUCUUCAACAUGGACCUCGACCUGCAGAGGGAAGCCAAGCACCUCAUCAUGCUGCUUACAGACAAGAUGGUGCCUGAGCUUCGGCGUUAUAUCCAGCACAUAAGCUUGUCUCCCGACUCCAUCAACAACGACGACGCGGUGGCCCCCCUCAUGAAGUACCUGCAGGACACAGUGGUCAUCCUCACCGACACGCUGGUGAAGGACAACCUCAUCCGGGUUCUUCAGAGCCUGUGGGAGCUGCUGCUGCGCAUGAUUCUGGACUCGGUCACAGAGAACCGAGGCGUUCAGGUGGAGUUCUACAACCGCUUCCAGUACACUGUCGAGACCUUAUUGCAAUUUCUCCAAGGAAACGGUCUGUCCCUUGAAGAUAUGAAGAGCGGAGACUACAAGGCCCUGGAGGAGGAGCUGAAGAUGAACAAGUGUUCCUCUUUCGAACUGAUUGAACAGUAUUACUUGGAAAAGAUCUCCCUGCAGAAAACCCUCAAACACACACGCUUCGGUCGCAUCAGCGUCAAGUGCUACUACGACGCUCCUGAGCAGAGGCUGACUGUAGAGAUCCUGCACGCUGCCGACAUCAUGGCGCUGGAUGCCAAUGGUCUGAGCGACCCGUUUGUCAUCGUGGAACUGUGCCCCCACCACCUCUUCCCGCUGGCCAAGAGCCAGCGCACGCAGGUGAAGCUGAAGACGCUGCACCCCGUGUUCGACGAGCUCUUCUACUUCCACGUGAGUCCCGAGCAGUACAGGCACAGAUUUGCCUGCUUGACCUUCACCGUGAUGGACUACGACUGGCUGUCCACCAACGACUUCGCCGGAGAGGCCGUGGCCCCGCUCAGCGACUUCUGCUGGCCGGGCAGGCCCAACGCCACGGCGGCCGGCAAGAGUGUGCAGCCCUUCAUCCUCCACCUGUCUCGCAGCAAACCCAGCGAUAAACCGAUCAUGCGGAUGCUGGACGCUCGGGUGGGCGACAGGGAGGCUCAGGAGUUUGUCCGGAGGCUGAAGGAGAUUGAAAAGUCCAUGGAAGAAGAGUAAAAAAAAAAAUUGAAAAAAAACCAUACACACAGAAAAAAGACGCCCUGGGUCAAUGCGUAUCAAUGUUCUCUGACCAUGUCUCGCCACCUGUGCUCUUGUACCGGUACAAUGUUUACAAUUUUCGGGUUGUUGUUGUUGCUAGGUAUUUUUUUUUCUUCUCGUUUUUACAAUAUUCAAAUUUAUUGAUUUGGUAUGCAUACCAAAUUGACAAAUUAAGAGGGAGUCACUGUGCGACCUGAUGCUGUUUCAGUUGAACUCCAUUUUAGGAAAAACUAUAUGUGACUAUUUUCUUUUCAUUUUUUGUUACGUUCUAUUUGGCGUAUAUUUGAUAUGUUAGAAUUCCAAACUGUUUUGUGGAAGUAGCACACAGUCGAAGUAUGAAUCUUUACCUCACGUGGGUUUUUGGUGGUUUUUGGAUGGUGUUCGAUGGGAGGAAGCUCAGGGUACAAAACUUGGCGGCGAAUCAUUGAACAUUUUUUCCAACUUUGAGUCGUAUUUGUAGCUGUUGUAUGAAUUCAAAUGGAUUUGGAUUCGGGCCUUUAAUUACUAUUCUCAAUUUAAAAAGACUAUAGCGGAUGUCUACAGCCAACAAAAUCCGAAGGCUUUUUUGUCCCAAAAAGUAAUUCACCUGGUACGGAUUUAUUUAUUUAUUUAUUUAUUUAUGGAUGUGCUGCAUUGUAUACUUCAUUGGUUAAUAUUCCAUCCUCCAAACCACUUAGAAAAGUUCUUGUAGCAAAAUGUCGUAUUAUUAAGCGUACCGCGUCGGCCAUCUUUGUGGAAUGGGUGCGUUUGUAAUUUUGUGCAAGUUUCUACUAAAUUACGUCGACAAGAUGCACUUUUUGUAUUUUGAUGUUGGGUAUUUUAAAAAAUAAGAGGGGAAAGGAAGGCAGUUUUGCUCAUUCAAGUGUUUCAUGGACGAAAAACGCUCAUCCCCAUCUUACGUGAUUAAAUUUGGUGAAUUGAUAAAUUUCUUUACGAAAGAAGAAAAACAUUUGAAUGUAUUCCAGUCAUUAAGUGUCUCUUAUCUGCCAUCUUUGUCCCCCCGAUAUUUGUGGGUGCUUUGAAAAUAUUCCAGUUUUGAUGCGUUAGUGUUAACACUCUGUGAUAUUUCCUCCAAAAUUGUCGUGCGACAUUACUAAACAUUCCAUUGCACUAUCGAGCUCUCACUCUGUCGAGUUCAUGUCAUUUUAACUGAGUUUUACUUGAAUAUUUUUGUUGGCCAUAUAAAGUCUGUCUACAUGAUUUUUGUGAUUUUUUUAUUUCUUUUUUUUGUUGAAACAUUUAAGUCAGACUUUGUCAUUUCAUCAUGUCAAACAUCCCCUACCCCCUUCCAAAAAAUAGUGAGUCAUAGUGUAUUUUUAAUCUGCGGUGUGUUGAAAUGCUGAGUCACUGCUUUGUGUACAACUACCUGAAAGGAAUCAAAUGAAACCCUGAAUGGCAGCGUAGGCACCAAAGCGUCAUUCUAGUGCAGCUAAUAAACUCCUUGCGUUUCAGAUGACAAGAAUGCUCAUUCGUAUUCCAUUUUGAGCAAUGUGUUAACAUAUGCACUUAGCUAAGAUAUACGUGAAUAAAAAUUCAAUUCAAUGUUAAAUAGGACAAUGCGUAUGUUAUUGUGAGUAUUUAGUAGCAUCAAGUGCUCUGGGAUUAUUUUUUUCCCUUUUCAAAGCUUCAGGAACGUUUUUUUUUUGUUGUUGUUUUCUUUUUUUUUACAAAUGCAUAUAAUAGCCUAAACUAGUCAAAAUAUUCAUUGUUAUGCUUGGAGCACAGCAUGUCCAUCCAGUUCGAAAUCUACUCACAGUCGCAACUAAAACCUUGCAUAAAAAACAAUCUGAUACCAAAAUAAAUAUUCAGAGAAAUAGAGAAUUGUCGCAUGAGCAUGUUCUUGUGAGCAUUUUCUUAGAUUUUGUACUGUAGCGCUCUGAAAUUAGGGGAAAAUCUGGAUUUGGGGGUUGAUUAAUAAAAUAAGAUAUGUGAAAGAAUGUAAACUAAUAUGUCCAACCCCAAACAAUACAAUGUGAUAGACUUUGAUAUGAUUCAUUUUGUUAAAAGUACUGCUUUUCAGUCAUCCCGUGGUGGCAUGGUGCCAAGGAACUAUUGAGAAGUGAGUUGAGGAGCUUCAUUUCGACAAAAGUAGCUCUGUAGUGCUGCCUUGUGACAGCUUGGUUCCAAAGAAGUGUUUAGAAGUGAUUUGAGAAGCUUCAUCUAGACAAAAGUUGCAUUUCGGUCCCAUCUUGAGACAGUUUGGAGCUAUGUUGAAGUGAGUUUUACUGUGAGAUGAUGCUAAACUUUUUGCAGAAUCAUUCAAAAAUUAUUUCAGCAUUUUUUUAUCAGUACAGGUGUAAACACCCCGGGCACCUUCAUUGCCUCAAUCUAUGAAGUAUUCUGAAAAUAAGCACUCAACUUUAAUCAUGUUUCCAUACGAAUGAACCCUCCCCCCCCCCCCCCCCCCCCCAAAUGUAAGCAUUUCAAGAAAGCAUUUACAAGGACACCUCACUUAAAAGAUGAUGAUCUGCGCAGGAGUCAGUGGAACAAAAAUUGCAGCAUUUUUGAUGACGUAAACUCUUACGGUAGCUUCUCGUGCAGUGUUGUGCCUUCUUUUUUUUUCUGAGGACUCGCUUUCGAAGGUUUUUAAUCCAUCAGAGGUUGAGCACAACACAAACAAAGGACAAAUUUUCUUUGAAGCUCUUGGUACAAGAAAUAACGUGAAUUGGCACUUGGGGUGGAUCCGAAGACGUCUUGUUAUCGUUGCAGUGAAUUCUUUGUCCUUGAAUAUGUAAAUGACUGUUGUUGCUGUUUAUUAGAUAAUCGAAACGUUUGAGAUCUGUCGAUGGACUUAAAAAUGUAAAGUGAAAAUAAAAUGAUGUUUACAUUUCAA